AUGAAGACCUUUAUCUCCUACCUCCUCGCUGCUGCUAUGGCCGUCGCAACACCUAUGCCUGCGAAGACUGGCAUGUCCGAUGGCGCAUCGCGCCAGCAUUUGGCGCAAACUGCCAGGACGAUGUUCGUCCAUUUGAACAACACCCGAAUCGCUUACCGACACUUUGGCAAACCGUCAAAGAAUCCUCUCGUCUUCGUGACCCACUACCGCGGCAGCAUGGACGCAUUGGAUCCUCUUCUUGUGAAUACCAUCGCGGAGAAUUGCGAGGUGAUUCUGCUGGACAACACCGGUAUCGGCCACAGUGGUGGUAGCGUUCCUGAAACCCUCGACUCUAUGGCUGCAACGGUCGUAAAUCUGCUGGCCGCCAUUCACGUGCCCAAGGCUGAUAUUCUGGGCUUCUCCAUGGGUGGAAUGAUCUCCCAGAUUAUCGCAAUAGAUUAUCCACAAGUGGUCAACAAGCUGGUUCUAGCCGGAGCGCGACCCGGUUAUGGUCCAGAUGUUUUCCAAACAGCACCAGACGCUGGCAUGGGACCUGGCGGCGAGCCCGAUCGCCAGCCCACAGAAGAAUACAUGCUUGAUAUCUUCUUCUAUCCGUCAAACACAAGCAGAUCUCAAGGAAACCUUUGGUGGGACCGCAUACAUGAACGUCAGGUGGAGGGCGAGACGCGAAAAGACUUUCUUGUCGGUGCGGGUGUUGCAGCCCAAAUCACGGCGAUGACCGCCUUUGCAUCGGACCCUCGGCGGUACGCUCAGUUGGCCAACGUCACUGUGCCCGUGUUGGUCACGAAUGGGAAAGACGAUAUCCUCAUGGGGACAGGUAACAGCUUUGUGCUCCAGCAGCGACUGCCGAAUGCCCAGCUACAUCUUUAUCCUGAUUCAGCACAUGGCCAUCUAUUCCAGUCUCCUGUAAAGUAUGUCGAGGAACUUGAGCGAUUUCUGGAUUGUUGA